GGAUGAUGGGUUGUGUUGUCAAAUUUCGAGGUUGGGGGGCCUGUAGUUUUGUUGUUUUGCUGGUCGCCGUGAUGCCAUCGCUCAUUUAUAUAUAUAGAUUACCAUAGCACAAUAGUAGUAAAUGAAAGAACAAUACAAUAUUUAAAAAUAAAAACAGUUUUAACAAACAUACUAUAAACCUUUCAGGAUUUCAAUGGGAAGUGUGGGCCUGCUUCUGGCCAAUGAGAUAGUCAAGUUAAGUAAGAUUGUUGUUGUUGUGUGCCUUCAAGUCAUUUCAGACUUUGGCCGAGCCUAAGUCUUAAACUGAGGGCGGGGGCCAGGUAAAUGACCUUGGAGGGCCGCAUCCGGCCCCCGGGCCUUAGUUUGGGGACCCUUGCUGUAUCUAAUAUGAAUUAACUAAAGGUUUUGUUUCCUCAGGUUCUUUUCAGCUGUGUUGUGCAGUCACAGAUUAAACACUCCUCACAAUGCACAUCCUGCAAAUCUGUGCUACAGUCUGCUGUUUCGCCAGCCUUCUGCUGCUCCUCAUUUCCCUUGGCACUGACUACUGGGUGGUAGUUGGCAGUAAACUAAACACAGGACUAUGGAAACAGUGUGUCUCUUCUACCUGUAGUGAAAUUCAGAAUCCUUCAGAUAAACUGAAUGCUACCCGAGCCUUCAUGAUCCUGGGGAUGAUCGCUGGUGCAGUGUCUUUAUUCAGUCUCUUAGCCUCAUAUUUUCGGACACACCUUCACUCCUUCUCCUUGGCCAAGCUUGCUGCUAUCAGCAGUUUAUUUGCAGGUCUGGCGGUCAUGAUUGCCAUGUCAAUUUACACAUCAGAAAAUUCAAACUAUGGAUGGUCGUUUGGCUUGGGAUGGGCCUCUUUUCCUCUGUUCCUUAUCACCAGUGGACUUGCUUAUGUAUUUCACACCAGUACAGCAAAUUGAAAAAAAAAAUCUGUGAUGCCCUUUGAGAAUAUGCCAUCCGAAUUUAUAUAAUGGGACACAGACAGCUUGCAAUGGAAUAAAUGGGAUUUGUUGAAAAUUACUGUAUCUAGAAUCAUAGAAUUGGAAGAGACCUCAUGGGCGAUCUAGUCCAACCCCCUGCCAAGAAGCAGGAAAAGCACAUUCAAAGCACCCCUGACAGAUGGCCAUCCAGUCUCUGUUUAAAAGCCUCCAAAAGAGGAGCGUACACCACACUCCGGGGCAGAGAGUUCCACUGCUGAACAGCUCUCACAGUUAGGAAAUUUUUCCUAAUGUUCAGGUGGAAAAAAAAGCUUGCUCCCUCCUCCCUAUGACUUCCCUUCACAUAUUUAUACAUAACCAUCAUGUCUCCUCUCAGCCUUGUCUUCGGCAGGCUAAACAUGCCCAGUUCUUUAAGCCACUCCUCAUAGGGCUUGCUCUCCAGAUGCUUGAUCAUUUUAGUCACCCUCCUCUGGACACUUUCCAGCUUGUCAACAUCUCCCUUCAAUUGCAGUGCCCAGAAUUGAACACAGUAUCCCAGGUGUAGACUGACCAAGGCAGACCACACCUGGAAUACUGUGUCCUAUUCUGGGCAACCUGAACAAUCUAAAAGGCAACCUGAGGGGUAAUGUAGGAUGUGUCUGGACUUCGAUGGAACAGAUUGGGUUCUCUUCCCACAGCAGAUCCAGAAGGAUUAGGCCAUCUCUCUCCUGCAUCCUUGUUUUGUAAACGUGCUCAUUGUCCUCAAUCUUGGUUGAGGAAGGAACUCUUUUUUAUUGAAAUUUGCAUCAGACUCCAGUAUGACUCUUUUGCCCAACUGUGCUUUCAAAACUCCCCUCGAUGGAUUGUCACCUUGACGUGGUGAGGGGGCUUGCGUGUUCCAAUGAACCUGUGGGCACAACCACAAGAGUCACACACUCCCAGGAGUGGCCACAGUGGAGGAUCCAGACCAAGAACAAUCCGAAGACCCAAAGACCUCAACGGCGGAGCAGGCGGAGGAUAACAUGGUACAUGUUACAACGGCUGUGAAGGCGGAAGAAGGCUGCAACAGACUGAGAAGCCACUCUCGUUGUGUUAACCACACCACUGCUGGAACCUCAAUCUGUGAAGACUGUGUGUUGACCGGCCGUGCACCGACCUCCACACAUUAAAAAAAAUCACGCACAGGCGUCUUCCAAGAAAUGGAGGACCAUCAUCCUUGAACUACGAGGGAUCGCCUAAAUUAAGUUUCAAAACUUGUCCCCAGUUUCGCAAACGUAAUAAACACAAGUUUAUGCUUCAUGUGUCUUUUGCUUUGCAAGAAUACCAAUAUGGACAAACACAUUUUGCAGUGUAAGGCCUCGUUUGCAAAUGAUGCUACAGCCAACCUGGAUUAGUCGCAUUUCACAUGCUUUCAUUAGAAAUGGGAAGAUUUCUCCUCCCAUUUUCCCAAAUUUGUUCUGCCCGGUUUCCAGUUUACAUUU